UCUAUUAAAAACGCUGUCCUCCACUGGCGACAGAGUGUGAAACGAUUUAGUCACAUUCCCUUGCUGAAAGGGAAAUUUAAAAAAACCACAAACUACGUGCUGGAUUGGAAAAGAACUUAUUACUGAACUUUACCCCGGAAGGGGAAGUGUUGAGUCGGUUUUCCACUGGACUAGCGCUCGGUCGCUGCCUCGGACGUUUCCUUUAAUUUAUUUAUUUCUUCGCAGACAGGAAUGGGAACACGGGACGACGAGUAUGAUUACCUGUUCAAAGUUGUCCUGAUUGGUGAUUCGGGAGUGGGCAAAAGUAACCUCCUGUCCCGCUUCACACGCAAUGAGUUUAACUUGGAAAGCAAGAGCACAAUUGGAGUGGAAUUUGCAACCAGGAGCAUCCAGGUAGAUGGGAAGACCAUUAAAGCCCAAAUCUGGGACACGGCUGGUCAGGAGAGAUAUCGAGCCAUCACAUCAGCAUAUUACCGUGGAGCUGUUGGAGCUUUGCUGGUAUAUGACAUCGCCAAACACCUAACGUACGAGAAUGUGGAGAGGUGGUUAAAGGAGCUGAGGGAUCAUGCGGACAAUAACAUCGUCAUCAUGUUGGUGGGCAAUAAGAGUGAUCUGCGGCAUCUCCGAGCUGUCCCCACAGAUGAGGCAAAGGCCUUUGCAGAGAAAAAUGGAUUGUCUUUUAUAGAAACAUCAGCUUUGGACUCAACAAAUGUGGAGACAGCUUUCCAGACCAUUCUCACAGAAAUUUAUCGUAUUGUGUCGCAGAAGCAAAUAUCAGACAAGCGUGAAAACGACAUGUCACCGAGUAAUAACGUGGUCCCCAUUCACAUGCCUCCAACGACUGAAAACAAACCAAAGAUGCAAUGCUGUCAGAAUAUCUGAACCAAGUUCCUGAAUCAUUCCUGGGCCUCGGUCUGUUCAACCUGUCGCUUGCUGUUUGUUUUGUAAUUAAAAUAUGAUCAAUGUUACAAUUACCUUCAACUUGUUACACAUCUUUAUAAGCAAAUUAAUGCAUUAAAUUAAUUUCAGCUACAGAGCAUUUUUAUAAUAUUCACAAGUAGUGUAAAAAUAAGUUUAUCAUGUAAAGUGAUGCUGUUUUUAUGUGGUGUUAGCAAACAGCUUGUUGAAUAAAGCACCACAAAGCCUUACUGUCGUAGGUGCUUUACAAGACGGAAUGUUCAUGAAGUGUUUCCCCACACAGACGGCAUUUCUUUCCCAUUCAUCGCUGCUCUCUCCCUCAUUUCCUCUGUAACAUUUCCUGAUAUUGGAUGUAAUCGAUGUUUUGUAAAUUAGUCCUGUGUAUUUUGUGCAUGUACUUUGAUUGUUUUUCCAAGAUUUUAGUUAUAACAGUUCAAAAUAUAUUCUGUGCACUUAAAUCUUAAUUAAAAUGAAUUGGAGGGGAA